ACAGCCGGUUAAUCCGAAAAUGGCGUCUUCGUAGGUGUGUGCGGCGUCUGAGGUCUUGUGGCAAAACGUCGAGCUGAACUUCAAUGUUUUUUUGAACGCGUCACAGGGAGAUGGCAAACUAUGCCACUGCAUCGGGUGGUCCUGUACGGCCGCCGAGAACGUUCAAGACAACGAAGGAUUCGAAUGGCCUGCUUAUAUCGGUUAUCAGGUCGCUCUCUGCCAGUCAGAACAGUGCCGAUCGUGAUCGCGAGAAAGCGAAACUUGAGAAGGACUUCAAACGUAGCGAUCAAAAGUUGGAUGACUUGGUUGCACAAAACAAGGAUGACCUCACGCGUGCAAUGCAAGAUUUCAGUAAGAUUUCAUCUAGAAUAUCAGCAUCACGAAGCAAAGUGCAGUGUAUCAAGGAAAAGUUGACAACUUGCAAGACCCUUCUUCACUGCAAGCGAGAUGAACUAAAGAAGCUUUGGCUAGAGUCUGUGGAGCACAAGCAUGUUCUCCAGCUUCUUGAAGAAAUUGAAUCAUUAGUGGAAGUUCCAGACAAGAUUGACGCUUUUCUCAGUAAAAAGCAAUAUCUUCAUGCCACUCAGUUGCUUGUGUCUUCCGUUAAUCUUGUGGAAGGAAGUCUCGAAGGUGUUGAGGCCCUUAAAGAUGUGAAAGGAAAGCUUAUCUUCAAAAAAGAGCGGAUGUAUGAAGACCUUGUGGAUGAACUGCAUAGGCACUUGUACCUGAGGAGAACGACAGAGGCAUUGCAAAAGUUUCGGCGCCAGAAUUCAGACAGAAAGGUGCAGUUUGGCGCCAUUUCUCAGACAAGGUCGGCACUUGUGGAGCCUGCUCAUGUAGCAGCAGGGCAGAAUAUCAGCUCUCAAGAACUGAGGAGUUCCAGCGCUGCAACACUGAGCUCUUCAGCUUCCAGCUUUUUAGCUGGUGAACCUGAAAUGAAUAGUUUGCUAAGACUGGAAGAAUCUGGCCAGUUUGGCGAAGCACCACAUCUGGCACCAAAAUAUACGGCCAUCUUGGUCAAGUGCUUGGCUUUGCUCAACCGCAUUCCUGAUACUGUUGAGCUCAUCAAGGAACGCUGCGAGACUGAACUAUUGGCAAUGGUGCGCCGGACAAGCCAGGUGCUUCUUGACACGAACAAUGGUUCUGCACAGACAGCUUUAGCUUUGCAACCACGUGUACUCCUAGACUUGUUGGAUCUGCUCUUUGAGCAAUUUCGAAGUGUGGCCUCUGGACAUGAGUGUGUUCUGGAGAACAUGCAUGCUGUGGUGGAUACCCAGGGACCUGAGAAUGGUGUACCAAUGUACACUUUGGCUGAUGUGUGGGCCAGGAUACAGGCUGUGAUGGAAUAUGUUGUGGGAAAGUACUUGGACAUUCACAAUACUGGUUCGGCACAGCAAGUCCCACCACCUGUAUUCACUGAAAUGACAGCAACAAAUGACAUUGCUUCUUACUUCACUCGGAGGAGAAAUGUUAAGCAGAAAAAGUUUGCACUCUUUAGGUUUGACUGCUCUUCACAUGCAAUUAGCAUGAAUACCUACUUGAAAGAGAAGAAGGAGGAAAUGAAGGACAAGUGUGAUUACAUUGAAGUGCCAGACUCGCAUCAGCAGUUGGUUUGUGUGCCUACUUCCAAGAACAUCACAUAUAUUUUCAAGCCGCUAAUGAACUUUAUUACGGACAUAGAAGCAGAACUGAAACUUGAGGAUGGAAAUCACUGCCAUUUAUAUGAAUACCUAGUUGACUGUGUGAAAAUAUUCUUAGGACAUGUGAACAAUGAUCUGGACAACACUAUUGAUAAUGCCACAAAAAGCUUGGAGACCUGGAAAGUGACCUCCGAUGCAGAAGUCUUAAAAUCUCAUGGGGUUAUGAGGCCAUUAUUGCAGAGCACAUUGUGUGUGGAUCAAAGUCUUCAAGGCUUGCAAGAGUUGAUGCAGGCAUUGCCUAUGUAUGUCGAACAUUUUCUCAGCUUGGCCUGUACUAUCCUACAGAACUACAAGCAGACUAGCCAGGUGGCUUACAGAGGCAUUGUUCAGCCAGAAUCUGAAGACAAGCGUAUCAUCAGUGCAACAUGGGCCAAGGAUGAAGACAUCAGUCGCUUUUUGAUGUCCCUUCCCAACUGGGCCAACUUGCAGCUGAUGAAGGAGAACAGAGCAGCUGUGGAUGUCGAAGAGUCACCUGAAGAAGUGCGGCUGCGCAACAAGAAAGAGUCUGAAAUUCUCAUUGGAAACUUGGCAAGCGGCACACUCAUCCCUCCACAUGAAAUUCUCUCAGAUGUGGCCCAGCUGCGUGUACUUGCUCAGCUACAGGAAAGCCUCGAAUGGCUGAGCUCACGAAUUCAAAGCAUGGCUACUUGUGUCAUGCACAUAGAAAAACAACGAGGAUCAACUUGCGCUCUUGCUUCUCCAAAGGAAUCGGUUCAGGAUCUGCCACCAGUUCCUGAUGCGACUGUCCAGACAUUGAAGGAGCUGGCAAAGGACUUUCAAGAAAUAGCUGAUACCUGCCUUUUGGUGUUGCACCUGGAAGUGCGAGUGCACUGCUUCUUUUAUCUCCUUCCUGUGACUAUACAAGGCAACUUUGCGGGUGGUGUAGACAGCCAGGAGCCUGACCCUGAAGUGAUGAAGCUGAACAAAGACCUCUCCAGCAUCGACGAAGCAAUGACAGCCUGCCUACAACAGAGGAAACACAGGUACAUAUUCGAAGGGCUAGGGCACCUCAUUGCCUCCAUCCUGAUCAACAGCACAUCCAGCAUACAGAAGGUCAAUGAGAAUGGCAUCAAAAAAGUUUGCAGGAACAUCUUUGCGAUGCAGCAAACACUGACUAGCAUCACAAUGAACCGCGAGGUGGCCCUGGAUUAUGCAAGGCAGUACUUUGAGUUAUUUUACUUGACACCAGAGGACAUAUUAAAUCUGAUAGUAGAGCAUGGUGCCCAGUUUCAAGAAAUGGAAUACAAGAAUGUCUUGCUUCUUCUUCAUCGAAGUCUUCCUAGCAGCGAGCGGGACCCAGACAGUCUAGAUGCUUUGCUUUCACGGCUUCGAGACAUUCUCAAUGAAGUGGCCGUGGCCAUUUAGCCCCAACUCUCAAAGGUUUGGCUGCAGCAUAUAGUUGCUGUGCGAGUCAUGUUACUGGUGAUGCAAUCAUAAAAAUAAAAGCAAUUAUGCUCCUGAGGGCUCUGGUUUUUAGGUGUAGCCACACUGGCUGUACGUAUGCUGGAAACAUCUCUGAAUGACCAGGGUUCAUGGUUCCUUCCCUAUCAUCAUGUGUGGUACGGUGACAUAAGUCAGAGCUGCCCAGUGAGAGCACUUGCAGCAGUGUGCAUGAACUGGGCGAGAGCAUUGUUUCAUCUCAAUUCUUCUGUGCUUGAGUGUGUGUGUGUGUGUGUGUGUAUGUAAGGGGGACAAGGUUAUGCAUGUACUUCCUAGAAAUUUAUGUGCCAUUGCUGGCUUGUGCCUGUAUUUAUGCACCUCGGGCCUCUUGUAUGAAGCUUUUGAUCCUACUGGAUAAAAGCGUUUGUGCAUGUAUCGAGCGGCUUUGUGCGAUGAUGUCGACGUACAAAGGAGCCGCUGUUACAUGAAUCAUUUUCACCAUUGUUCUGUUAUCUGGCAACUUACUAUGCAGCAGCUUACUGUUAGGUGUGGAAUGCAAAACUUUCUAACAACAAGUUUCUUUGACCACUCAUAAAUUGCUUCAUAUAAGGGGCCCCUAGUAACCAAAAGGCUUUGCGCUUUAAAAACGCUGUAUAUUGUCCUUUUACUGACCGAUCUUUUUCCUUGACAUUUUGUUUGUUGAUUCUAGAAUGAAUAUGGUGUUUAAUAUGUGGUUGUGUUUGUGGUGUACCUUUUUUUCUUUGGUUGUUGAAAACUGGUCACAAGUUACUCUGUUGUCAGUGUCUAAUUGUAAACUCUGUAUCAUGAAUUGAUCAUGCUGUUUUGAAGAUGAUGAGACAAUAGCCACUUAUGUGCCUUUAAGAUGUGUGACUGCUUGCUGUUUCAGCGCAUAUUUUCUUGUUUUAUAAAACUGUUAUGCUGCAAAUAAGCUCUGUUGUGUCGCAGUUUUGUUCGCAGAGAUAUUGUGUCAUGUUAGCUUUUUCUUUAUACCUGUCUUGGUAUGUGCACUGAUGAUAAUUUAUGUGCCAUGAAUUUCCGGGAGUCCAAAUUUUUAGCAGUGCCAAGGAAGAAAUAGUAGAAUAAUAAUUUUCUGGAUGUUGCAGUGUUUUUCAUGCAAAAUGAUAGUUGGAAUUUGAAUUUUGGGGGGGGGGGGGGGGAGAAAUGUGAGAAAUCUACUUUGGCAAGAUAAUAUAGAGGAAUUAAAAAAGGGUGCUCAUGCAUAGUAUAACUUGGAGAUAACGCGACGAUCACAUCUUACUUAGGGGCUAUGUAGAAGUAAUGUCACGAGCAUAAGCUUUAGCUAACACCAUCUUAUUGAACUGAUGAAUGUUUUAUUAAAAUCAGCCUUGUGGGAGACAAUGUUUUUUUUUUUAAGUGAACCCUUGAACGUUGAGAUGACAUAAGAAAAAGCUCCCGUGUUAUCACAUGGGAGCUUGCUAUUAUUAGUUGCACAGUUCUGCAAGUUAUGUCCGGCAUAGUUGCUGUUACUUAUAGGACAUGCCAGCCAGCGUUGCUAACAUGCCACUUGUUGCUAAGCCCAUUGGGUUGCUGUUGUGAACUGUGAUUUUGUAUUUUUUCUCUUAUAAUGUCAGUUUGUGUCACCUGCUAGAGCACUGUUAUUAUUUUUACUUUUUUAUUAUACUAUUUCUCUACAGGAAGGGCAACAUAUUAAUUGAAUUAUUUCUGCUCUCAUUUUUGAAACUAGCUUGCUUUAACCUUAGUAAUGCUGACAAUGUUUUUUUUAUGGACUUUCUUGUAAGGUAAAAAAUGACAUUGUACAAGUGGCAUAGGCCAUAAGUGUAGAGUGUACCUUAUAGGGUUACAAUAUGCAAAGUAGUGUCUGAGCUUCAGAAAUACAUACCCAUGUUGAAGAAUUUUCACUUUCCAAUUGGCAUAUUUGACUCUGCAGAUAACUAUGCAGCUGAUGGAAGCUAAUAUUUGGUAAUUUACUGAACAUAUAUUAUGUAUAAAUACUUAAUUUAUAAACAAGAACUAUGAAUUGUGCACGAUCACAGAGUUUUCACAUUGACAUGUGUAUCGAAUAAAAUUUUUUGUGGCAGUGCUCUUAAAAUAUGAAGUAUUAACAAUCUUGGCAUGUCGUCUGUACAGAAUAAGGAGGGAAAUACACUAAUAGAUAUUGCCAUUCAUAAUAAAUAAUACUGCUACUAUUUGUUUUUUGCAACAUUAUCAAUUUGCACUUUUUCCAGCUCUACUUACCCUUACUGUGUUUUUUUUUUCUAUUUUUUUCUGCGGCUUCUUGGAGCAAAUGUGUGGUACCUUUCAGUAAACAAAAUCAGGUUCUUCAAUGCUUUUAUAAGUUGAUUGAAUAACUUGUUUUCAGGUGUUAAAUUUCUAAUGAAAGUAUGUCUUAUAUGUUUUGAUUACCAGGAAGCAUUUGUGUAAUUGCAGGCGUUGAGCAGAUGCUCACCAUCAUGACAAAGUGCGAUGUCUCAUAACUAGCAUUUUCUCAAAAGAGGUACUGUGUGAAUGUCUGUUUACUAAUUGCUUGUGUAUGCUUCCCUCAGUGUCACAAGUAAUAUGUUAUGUGGGGAUGUUUCACCAACUCCACUAAAGCCUUGCCAGCAUUUACUAGUUUGCACCUACAUUACAUGCCAAUAUGCUCAACUUAAAUUUUUUUUAAUCCAAAAAUACCCAUAUUAGUGGCUAAGAACAUUAUUGGCAGCAUCAUAGUCAUAAACUGCGAUGUCUAGUGACCUUGAAAAUGCCAAAAAGUAAUGAAAUAUUUGUUUUUUUUUUUGUUUUCUAAGUGCAGUUGGAGAAAGUAACUGAUUAUAAACAGCCUAUUUUGCAAAUUUGAGUAGGCCAUUUACAGUGGCCACAAAGGUACCUGUUAGAAUCUUUGCAGCUCCUGAAGUCAGCUUUUCUACACAGUAAUUCUAUUUUUGUAGCAAAUACAAAGAACAUGGAUGAAGGCAAUCACACAAAGUAAAACGACUGUGUUGUAGUAAUGUGAAAACGUCAACCAGUUUUGUGUGCCUUUGCCUUCAUUCAUGCUCCUAUCUCUGUUCCUACCUACUGUGAACAAACUAUCGAAUAAUUUUGCAAUAUUUUCUUCUCAAUCAUUAUAAUAAAGGGAUUUAUUCAUAAAUUCAUAA